CAUGGACACAGACAGGAAGGUUGCAUUUGGCGACGUGGAAGUGACUAGUCGUCUGUUGUGAGGCUGUACACCAACCACACUGAUCCACAAACAUUCCGUAACAAUGAUAAAGAAAUUUGACAAGAAGGACGAAGAGUCUGGAAGUGGCUCUAACCCUUUCCAGCAUCUUGAAAAGAGUGCAGUGUUGCAAGAGGCUCGCAUCUUCAACGAGACUCCGAUCAACCCCAGAAGAUGUCUCCACAUCCUCACCAAGAUCAUUUACCUACUCAACCAGGGGGAGCACUUUGGAACUAUGGAGGCGACCGAGGCCUUCUUCGCAAUGACCAGGCUCUUCCAGUCCAAUGAUCAAACCCUGAGAAGGAUGUGCUACCUGACCAUCAAGGAGAUGGCCAACAUCUCUGAGGAUGUCAUCAUUGUCACCAGCAGCCUGACCAAGGACAUGACUGGCAAGGAGGAUGUGUACAGAGGACCUGCCAUCAGAGCUCUCUGCAGGAUCACGGAUACCACCAUGCUGCAGGCCAUUGAGAGAUACAUGAAACAGGCCAUCGUUGACAAAGUGCCCAGUGUGUCCAGCUCUGCCCUGGUCUCAUCUCUGCACAUGGUUAAGAUGAGCUACGACGUGGUUAAGCGCUGGGUGAACGAGGCACAGGAGGCAGCUUCCAGUGACAACAUCAUGGUCCAGUACCACGCCCUGGGCCUGCUGUACCACCUGAGGAAGAAUGACCGACUGGCCGUAUCCAAGAUGCUCAACAAGUUCACCAAGUCUGGCCUCAAGUCCCCCUUUGCCUACUGCAUGCUCAUCCGCAUCGCCAGCAAGCUGUUGGAGGAGACCGAGGCAGGACAUGACAGUCCCCUGUUUGACUUCAUUGAGAGCUGUCUGAGGAACAAGCAUGAGAUGGUGGUGUACGAGGCAGCCUCGGCCAUAGUCCACAUGCCCAACUGUACUGCCAGAGAGCUGGCCCCCGCUGUCUCUGUCCUGCAGCUGUUCUGCAGCUCUCCCAAAGCAGCCCUGAGAUACGCAGCUGUCAGGACCCUCAACAAGGUGGCGAUGAAGCACCCGUCGGCGGUGACUGCGUGCAACCUGGACCUGGAGAACCUGAUCACGGACUCGAACCGCAGCAUCGCCACGCUGGCCAUCACCACGCUGCUGAAGACAGGCAGCGAGAGCAGUGUGGACCGCCUCAUGAAACAGAUCUCCUCCUUCGUCUCUGAGAUCUCUGACGAGUUCAAGGUGGUGGUUGUGCAGGCCAUCAGUGCCCUGUGUCAGAAGUAUCCCAGAAAGCACAGCGUCAUGAUGAACUUCCUGUCCAACAUGCUCCGAGACGACGGUGGCUUUGAGUACAAGCGGGCCAUCGUGGACUGCAUCAUCAGCAUCAUCGAGGAGAACCCAGAGAGCAAGGAGACGGGGCUGGCCCACCUGUGUGAGUUCAUCGAGGACUGUGAGCACACGGUGCUGGCCACCAAGAUCCUUCACCUGCUGGGCAAGGAGGGCCCGCGCACGCCCUCGCCAUCCAAGUACAUCCGCUUCAUCUUCAACCGCGUGGUGCUGGAGAGCGAGGCCGUCAGAGCCGCUGCGGUCAGUGCUCUGGCUAAGUUUGGAGCCCAGAAUGAUGACCUUCUCCCCAGUGUGUUAGUCCUGAUGCAGAGGUGUAUGAUGGACAGUGAUGACGAGGUGAGGGACAGGGCCACCUUCUACAUGAACGUGCUGCAGCAGAAGCAGAAAGCCCUCAACGCUGCCUACAUUUUCAACGGUCUGUCGGUGUCUGUCCCCGGUCUGGAGAAGUCCCUCCACCAGUACACCCUGGAGCCCACAGAGAAGCCCUUCGAUAUGAAGUCGGUUCCCCUGGCCAACACACCCAUCACAGAGCAGAAGACCGACUUCGCUCCUGUGGCCACUAGCAAGCUUCCAGAGAAACCAGGCCCGACGCGCCAAGACAUCUACCAGGGUACAGUACCUUACUUGAAACUAUCAUGGCAAGACAUGGCGUUAUCACAAGGAAACAGAACAUUUGGUCUGAAUUUAUGGAGUAAAAGGACCCAGUCACAUUUAUUUUCCAAACUAUAGCACACAGUAUUUUACAUGGAUUGUAGUAUUCACUGGGUUGUUGUCCUUCAGGUUAUGGUUCAGAUGGAGCCGUCGGAGGCCUACGAGGUUCUCCACUACGUCCCUGCUGCUAACCUGCCCUACAGCCAGCCUGGCUCCUGCUACAGCCUGGUCAGACUGCCUGAAGAUGACCCCACCGCAGUGUCCUGUACGUUCAGCUGUACUCUGAAGUACCUGGUGAAAGACUGCGACCCCAACACAGGAGAGCCUGAUGACGACGGUUACGAUGACGAAUAUGUGCUGGAAGACUUGGAGGUGACUGUAGCAGACCACAUCCAGAAGGUGUUGAAGCCUAACUUUGCCGCAGCCUGGGACGAGGUGGGAGACGACUUUGAGAAGGAGGAGACGUUCGCCCUGGCCUCUGUCAGAACGUUAGACGAGGCUGUUGGUAACAUCAUCAGUUUCCUGGGCAUGCAGCCCUGCGAGCGUUCAGACAAGGUCCCAGAAAACAAGAACUCACACAUCCUCUUCCUUGCCGGUGUGUUCCGGGGGGGUCACGACGUGCUGGUUCGCUCGCGCCUGGCCCUGGCUGACGGUGUCACUAUGCAGGUGACGGUCCGCAGCUCGGAUGAUACUGUUGUUGACAUCAUCCUAGCCUCCGUGGGCUAGAGGGCGCCAGCGGGGCCUGUUCACCAACAGGCUGUGUUAAUACAAUGGCAUAUUCUGAUCGUUUUGUCCACUUUUCCCCCUUUCACAAUAUUCUCUUUGCAAUGUCCUCCACUGCUUUAUGUCGUUGGAAUGUGUCUUGUGUUUUUGGGUAGUCUGAGAUGGAUACAUUAUGGUGAGGCGUGUGUGUGUACUACUGGCACCCUUCAACACAACUCAUCUCUGUAGACUGGCCCCAGAUCUGUUUGUGCUGUAUAACCAACUCCAAUGAUCAUUCGUAGGUGUUUGCAAGGCAACACAAACAGAUCUGGGACCAGGCUAGUGUCAUUAAUGGCCCACGUUUUAUCAAAUCUAUUAAAUGUUGACCAUGGAAAUACUGAA